UUCUUGUUUGUCAUCUGGGUUAUCUUCAUUUAUCUCUCUCUAAUGUCCAUAUGGCUCAUCUCAGCCAUGACUUUUGGAAGGGAUAUGUGGAAUAACCUACACGGGCUCUUUGUCUCCUCGAAACAUCAGUAAAUGAAUUGAAUGCAAGUCUGUGAUACCAUAGUGUACUAGAGUUGACCUAAUUAGACUAUGGCGAAUGAUGGUGGAUCAGCAUCAUUUCAUGGGGACUGGAUACAAAUUGGGAGAGAGGACCUUGUGUCUGCCUCCGAGCAGACCUCUUUGAAUUCUUCAAGAUGUUCCACCGAGAGGGUGAUCAGCAGUGUUCCUCAGUACGUGGAGGCAGGGCUGGUGUCAGGGCAUUGCAUCCCACCAUCACAGCCUAGGGAGAACACUCUCAACCCUGGGCAGGUUUUACAUCUCUCAGGUAUAGGUCCAAGCACACCUGUAAAUGUCACCUCCACCAAUUACAGCAAAAGCCACAGGGCAGAGCAUUAUGAGGUAUUCGAUGAUAACUUCCUGUCCAUUGAUCAUGAGGGAUGUAGCACCAAAGGGAAUGAUGAAGAUAAUGAUGUAGGACCCUCCAGUUCCAACAAUCCCCACAGCAGCCAUGAGUACCUACUCCAUCUCAAACAGCAGGCUGGUUCCCACCUCAGGGCCCAGAAGGAACGCCAUGUCAAAGAUCUCUCCCUGAAAAAGGACAAACUCCAGCAUCUUCUCCUGAAACUGGACACCAUGAAGGGCCCCCCGGAGCAAGACACUAGACGGCAGUACAGCAGCGAGCGAGACGAACCAAUGGGUGAGUCUGGAGAGGAUGACAGGGCUCCUGCAAGUCCUGGGAACAAACAGAGAGAGGCAGCAGGUGAGAGGACAGCCAACAACCACAUGGAGGAUGGACCUGUGCAAAUGUUACCCCAUAACAGAGAGAGCAUGAGCCCAGAGGAUGGCGAUGCCUGUGACCAUGCCCUGCACAGGGGGAAUAAGAUGAUCCACAGCUGUUGGCGCAGAAUCUUCCAGUCCAUUAGCUUCCCCUUCAGCCUGGCUACUGCCUUCAUCAUAGAGCUGCUCAGCUUCAUCACACAGUAUGUCAUCAAGGUGUUGAUAGUGGGACUAGUCGUAGUGCUAGGGGAACAGGUGAUCACACCUCUGUUCGGGGCACUGUUUAGCCACGCCCUCCAGCCCAUGGCAAGGUGUCUCAUCAACGUCUCAUGGGCUGUCAGGGACAUUCUCCACCCUCUAUUGGCCAUUGUUAGGGAAGUCUUUAUGCACGUGACGCUACUCGUCCGAUCGUUCAGGCUCGUGGAGGUCAACAUGGCUACUGCUGAGCCUCGUUGCAGCCAAGACGUGUGAUUCA